AUGUCGAUAAUAUAUUACCAAUUUAAAGGGGCAAUAGACUUUGAUACAAUAACCUUUGAUGGUCCUGAGAUCUCCGUGUUCGACGCUAAGAGGGAGAUCCUCCUGGCAAAGAAAUUAAAAGGAAACGACUUUGAUCUCGUUGUUUCACAGGCAGGAACUGCGGAAGACUAUACAGAUGAUAACGUGUUAAUAAAAAGAAACACAAGAAUUGUCGUACGCCGAGUGCCUACUCGACCUGGGAAAGGUAACGCUCAGAGGUACUUGGAAGGCACAGCGCCCUCACCGCAAAGAAACUUUGGAACUACGGCUCGAGGCCCCGCUGCUUCAAUUAAUGGCUCAAAAUUAAGGACUGGUGAAUCGAGACUCGAUCUGAUGCAAAAGGCGGCGCAUAUUCCUCCACCUCUAAUGACGUCAGAGACUUCUGGAGAUGCAAACGAAGAGGAAAAAAUACAAGCAAUGUUCCAACAAUCGUCAGAGUUCUGGGAGAAAACGCAGGAGCAGAUGGCAGCUGCUCCGUUUAGAAGAUAUAACCAGGGACGGCCUCAUGGUAGAGGUGGUCAGCAUACACAACAACAGCAGCAACAGCAGAUGCGACAUUGGAUACAGAACUGCCCGACAAAUGGAGACAAGUCAUUCGAUCAUAUGAAAGUAAGAAGAACGACAGGAAUUCCAAAGAGUUUCCUACAAAAAGUCGAACAAGUUCCAGCCGGUAAAGGUGUACUUGUGACACAAGAUGGAAAUCUCGUAAUAGCACAAGCCAAUGACGCUGCAUGGCAAAAGUUUCAUGCUAAGCAGAAGGCAUACGUAACGUCUAAUGAAGUACUUGAAGAGACAGCUCCAAUCCCGGAGGAGCUUAAAUGUCGUAUGUGUUCGGGACUACUCAAAGAGGCUUCAAUGACACCUUGUUGCAAGGCUUCUUAUUGUGACGAAUGUAUUCGAAACGCGUUAAUAACUCCACAGCAAGAAUAUCAUUUCAAAUGUCCGAGUUGUGGGGCUCACUUGGUACCUGAUAACUUGUUACCGGACAAAAGAUCUCGUUCUGCUGUCGAGGAGCAUUUACGGGAAUGGGCACGAAGACGUAAUGAAAUGGCUAUUGCCAAGAAUGCAAUUGACGUAGAAGGAUCCGAAAAAGAAAAAGAGAUUCUUGAUAACAUAGACAGAGCGCAAACAGAUGAAGACAAGGAUGUAACAGAACAGAAAAUCGAAGUGGAGGAAAAAGACGUCGCAACGCCGGCUAAAUCAGAAAUUUCAGAACAGCAAGUGCAAUCAGAACAGUCAGAUCAAGCAUCGCAACCGUCUUCUCAACAAUCGCAGAUCCAACGACAAACACAAAAUAAAGAAAAAUCUUCUCAGGCCCACGGUAAUAACAUGGGAUCGGGAUUUAAUCAGUUUACAUACUAUGACGACUAUAAUGGUUUCGGAUUUGACCAAGGACAAGGUUAUUGGUAUGACGAAUCUGGCUAUCCAGUAACCAUGAACAUGAUAAACAAUCACUACCAUGAUCCAUCAAAUUACUUUGAAUCGACAGCAGCUUUCUAUCCGCCCGAACCCUUUAUUCAUCCGCAGUUUGUAGCACCAUUCAGGCCACCAGUGUACGAUGAGUACUGGGACGGUCCGAUGCCUCCUCCAGGAGCUUUUCGUGGAUCGUUUUCUGCUCGCGGUAUGGCUGGCCGGGGUCGUGCUAGAGGACGUGGAGGAUUUUUCGAUAGAGGGUUUGGAGCAGGGCGAGGGGGUAAUGCAUCUGGAGGAAUGGGAGGUAGUGGUGCUGGAAUAGAGGGUCGUAGAAGUGCGUCACCUAUGGGACGGUGGGAUGGGUCUUCACCACACGAUAAUGACUCAAAAUACGACAAAGAGCGCAUCCAAGACGAUUUCCACCGAUCACAAAGACGAAAUCCGUCCUUCUCUCAUGCCUCCAACGACAAAGACUCUGUGCGUGAUCGUGCAUCUCCUACACCAGUAUCCGAGCGUAGUCGUCGUGAUAGGGAAUCGCGACGUGGAGAUAGUUCGGAUGAAGAAGAUAAUGACAAUGGUUCCAUACGUUCCGGUCAUUCUUCCAGACGCUCUUUACAAAAUGAUACGUCCAACAUCACCACCUCUCCGCUAUCAACAAGUCAUGACAUGUCCGCUCCGCAGUCACCAACCAAGUCCCAUCGCUCUCGUGAAAGACACCACCGGCGACACCAUAGGCAUCGUUCUCACCGAGAUGAAUCGCGGAAAAGUACUCGGGAUAGCAAAGAGAGUGGAAGCAGGCACAGGUCUAGAUCAGAACACCGCGAUGAUAAGGAUCGUCAUGAUCGGGAAUGA